AUGAUAACAUUAGAAGUGGAACUCAAACUUGAUGUUGGUCUACGUUUCUUCGGGAGUCGCCUUGCUCACUUCACCUACCGCUGUUGGCCGUACACGAUGGCGUUGUAUGGCGCAGAGCACCCGCCAACAGAGCACCCGCCAAUAGAGCACCUGUCAAUAGAGCACCCGCCAAUGGAGCACCCGCCAAUCGAGCACCCGCCAAUGGAGCACCCGCCAAUAGAGCACCCGCCAAUAGAGCACCCGCCAAUAGAGCACCCGUCAAUGGAGCACCCACCAAUGGAGCACCCGCCAAUGGAGCACCCGCCAAUAGAGCACCCGCCAAUAGAGCACCCGUCAAUGGAGCACCCACCAAUGGAGCACCCGCCAAUAGAGCACCCGCCAAUAGAGCACCCGCCAAUAGAGCACCCGCCAAUAGAGCACCCGCCAAUAGAGCACCCGUCAAUAGAGCACCCGCCAAUAGAGCACCCACCAAACUAA